AUGCUUUCUGAUUCGCUCGUGCAACGUCAACGUGACGACGAGCAACCGACAAAGGGCGUGACGUCUAGCUGCGUGUACCCAAAACGUGUGAUUGAUGGACCGCCGCUGUUUCGAUGGAAGUUUCGUUUGAUGGUCGCCGAUACCAGCACGAUAAGUGAGGGGCACACGACCGGCAAGCUCAGGUACGAGGUCGUGGAAGGCCGCACUGCCGCCACGUACAUGUACGCAACGUAUCCACUCAAGUUCUUGCACCCUCGACACACAAUCCACCAGGACUUCGACACGUACAUAACUUACAUUUUGGGAUACGGUGGGGGCUUGGUGGGUGGAGAUUCCAUUGCUGUGCAAUGUGAACUGGGCCCUGACACAGCAGUCGUGCUAGGUACGCAAGCAACUACCAAGGUGUUUAAGGCAGUGGAAAAGAGUCAAUUUGUAUCGCAGACCUUCUCGUUCUCGUUGGCAAGCAAAGCUACCCUGGCGUUUCUCCCUGACCCUGUGACCUGUUUCGAGAACGCUAAAUAUCGACAGACGCAAGUAUUUCAUCUCGAAAUGGAUGCAAAUCUGGUAUUCGUCGACUGGCUGACGAGUGGUCGAAAGCGGAACUACUUGGCCACAGGGUCAACUUGUGAUAAUCGCAAGGAGACGCUUGAACACUGGAAAUUUGACAAAUAUGAUACGAUGUCGGAGAUCUUUAUUGGCGGCGAGCGGCUCGUGACGGACCGUGUCUGUCUGGCAGACGAUGAAAAUGUGAGUCUUCCUCAGCGCAUGUACGGCAUGCACGUACUGGGCAUAAUGGUGGUUGCUGGAUCUAAGGUAAAGAACAUCAUGGAAAAUUUGCUGGGCCUGAGCGUCCGCAAGAAACUCCACAAUGCACGGGAGAUCACGCCCCAUGGUCGUCUCGCGACAGCCAAUACGUUUCCAAAUGUGAUUGCAUCGACAAGCGCGCUGGGGCCAAAUGCUGUGAUUGUGCGGUUCUGUAGUACGGACUUAGAGUCGGCGAUGACUUAUGUGAAGGCUAUGCUGAAGCCGCUGAAGGAAUUGAUCGGUUUUGCUCCCUAUCAGGAAAAUCGCUGA